ACAGUCAGCGCACCGGAACUUUAUUUCUAUGUCUUAAUGACACGACUGCGCGUCAAUGGGAGCGCCGUGCGCAUGCUUGGAGCCGUGGAGGAGCGCACCACAUGUACACACUGCACUGGAAGCGUCUGACGGCGCGACGCUGUGUGCUGCUUUUGCGUUCAUUUAGAGGCAGUUUAGAGCUGCUUUUAGCGGACAAAGCUCCACACUGAAGGUGGAAGUGAAGAGAAUCAGCGCAAGUAGCUAAGAUGACUGCCACGACAAGUCAAUGAGAAGAGAGGACGCCAAGUGAAGAAGUAUCUCCCUCCCCCUUACUUGCUGGAAAGGAGCGAAGGAGGUGUGUUCAAGAUAAUACAACAAAAGAGAGGAGUUUGGUGGAAAGGAGGGAGAGAGCAGGAGGAGCAGGAAGAAGGGUUAAGAAAAGCGAGGAAGUGGCAGAGCAGCGAGGGAGAAGGGGGAAGAAGCGAGGGGAUAAACGGUGGAUGGAGGCGGCUCGGACCGGGGAGCGCUCUUCACUGACGAAGAAGAUCAGCAGCAGCAGCAGCAGCAGCAGGGGGGAGAGGAGAUGGAGGCGAAAGGCAGAACCAUGCCCCCAGAUGUUGGUUUCCUUCCCCGCCCAGCCAUGGUGUGGUGGGAACGAGGCAUCCAGGUGCUGCUGACCACCAUGGGAGCGUUCGCAGCCUUCGCCCUGAUGACGGUGGCCAUCGGUACGGACUACUGGCUGUACGCCCGGGCCUUCAUCUGCAACAGCACGGCUAACUCCACCCAGGACGACUCCAGCUCCAAUAAGGACAAGAAGGACCCGGGGGCUCUCACCCACUCCGGCCUCUGGAGGAUCUGCUGCCUCGAAGGCCUGAAGAGAGGUGUGUGUUCCCAGAUCAAUCAUUUCCCCGAUGACGCAGACUACGACCAAGAUGCUGCAGAGUAUCUGCUGCGUGUGGUGAGAGCCUCCAGCAUCUUCCCCAUCCUCAGUGCCAUACUGCUUCUGCUGGGUGGAGUUUGUGUCGCCUCCAGCAGCUUCUACAAGAGCAAAAGGAACAUUAUACUCGGUGGAGGGAUUCUCUUUGUGGCUGCAGGCCUCAGCAACAUCAUCGGAGUGAUCGUGUACAUCUCAGCAGCACUCAGCGACAUCUCCCCCAAGAAGGACGAGGACAAGAAGUGGCACUACUCGUACGGCUGGUCCUUCUACUUUGGCGGCCUGUCCUUCAUCCUGGCCGAGAUGGUCGGCGUCCUCGCUGUCAACAUCUACAUCGAGAAGAACAAGGAGCUACGCUGCCGCUCUCGCACCGACCUCUUCAAGAGCACCACGCAUGCCAUGCUGCGCCUCCCCAGCUACCGCUUCAGACGGCGCUCUCGCUCUAGCUCGCGCUCCACCGACCCGACACGUUCCCAAGAGACCUCGCCUGUCGGAGCUUCCAAGACCUUCAGCCUGCCACCGUCUGCCCCGCCGUUCUCCGUGGCCACCCUGCCCAACCCGCACCACACCAGCAGCGGUGGAAGCGGAGGAGGCGGCGACAUCUCCAUGUACACCCUGUCGAGGGACUCCAAGCUAGGCAGCCUUGGAGGAGGCGCCCCACCGCUCUACGGCACGGUGGACCGCGCCACGCUCUACCAGCUCCACAACUACUUCCCAAAAGAUUCCAGCGGCAGCGGCGGCGGAGGCAGUGGAGGAGGAGGAGGAGGAGGAGGAGGAGGAGGAGGAGGAGCGGUGAUAAGCAGCGGUACGCUCCCAUCUCACUCCAAAUCCAACCUGGCAGCGGCGGCAGCUGUAGCCCAGAAUGCGGCGCCACUGAAUACCUCCACAUCAGCCACUGCUCCGGCCCCGCCAGCCCCGAUAUCUACAGCCACCAUGGAGAGGGACAGGGGCAACGUGGGAACCCUGGACCGUCUGACGGCCAAAAGGGACCGGGAUAGCAACUCGGAUACACUUAACAGGAAAACUACGCCAGUUUAAAACUAAACCUCAGAGAGGAGGGGGAAAGGGGAAAGAGAAAGCAAAAAAAACAUAGUUUAGAAACUUAGAGAGGAAGAGUAGGGCUGAAAAUGUGUGGGUGACAUUUCAAUGACAACAUUUCUAUCCUUGAGCCUGAGGUAUCUAGCUGCCAUAAAUCCAACCAACAUCGUAAACAGUCAUAAAACACCUAACGCCAUGUGCAAGUUCAUAACAACUGCCUUAACUCCCUUGUUUAAUUAUACAGCAGUGGUGCAAUCGAGGAUUUUUUUUUUUUUUGACGUUCAAUUUCUGAAUUACUUUUUUACGUGUUAGACAAAGUCAUCCUCUCCCAGUGCAGCAGUUUCAUGCCUUACUGAGGAGACAAUUACACUUUCCCCAUCUUUACUUUGUCUUAGAAAAACAGAAAGAUCUAAUGUGGUGUUUUUUAGAUCCAGGUGGAAUAUGUAGUUAACUGGAAAUGUCUACACAUCUAGGAAUCUGUUUUCACCUUAAUGUUGUAGGCAUCUUUAGUCAGUGCUAGCCACCUAAUCCUUGCUCUGUGGUCUUGUAAACUGUACAACACUUUGAGACAUCACAAAUAAUAAAGCUAAAAAACGGCCAGAUGGCUUAAGCCACAACUCUCUGUUCCUUUUACAACAGGAAUGGAACAGAGUGCCUCAGACGGGAACAUUCUGCCAAGUAACCAGCUGCUCAGUGACGGGUUGACUGCCAAUUCAAGGUCAGCAGUAGCUACUUAACCUCUGGUCCCAGGAGAGUAACCUCAGACAUAUCUAGCCUAUCGACACACACACACCGGAGGAGGCUCACACUGCGAGCCUAUUUAUUUUUCAUUGUGUGUCAGAGGUAAUUACCGUGACAGAUGGGCAUUCACCACAGUCCUACGGAAAGAAGCAGCGUUUAAACUUCACCCUCAGCGUCUCUGUUCCACCACUGCCGGUUGUCACAGUUUGGUUAAAUACCGCAGCAUGAUGGCCAUCUGAACAAGUAACUUCAUCUGACAUCUAGAGUCUUUGUUCAAACGUGUGAAACAUUUGCUUGUUCUGCUUUGACAGAAACAUUCAGUAUUUUAAUAUGCUGCCAAGAUUUAAGCAUCGAGUCGACCUACCUAUCCACGAGCCAGACAGAAACUUUAUUAUUGGAAAAUCCUUUGUUUAUAUGGGGUGCAACUACAAGGUUCCAAGAGUGAGCCUAGCAAAAAUCUUACCUAGUUUCAUUUUGGAAGUCAUCUCCUUUGAAGUAGUUGUGUUAUAGAGCACUGCACUGCUCCGAGUGCUCCUGCAACACUUGGAGCGCUCUUAGAAAGUCCCAUUCUGUAACUGUGUCAAGCACUAGCUGCAAAAUGUGCUGGAGCAAGGACGUGUAAUCAGACUGUGUCUAUAACAUUCAAAAACGACAUCUGAUUUAAUUUUGGUCAAUACCCCUGUUAGAUUCGUGACUUUGUGCGGUGUUGCACCACUCCCAGUGCUCCUGCAGCGAUUUAGAGCUCUGCAAACAUGUCAAACACCAGUUGGGAUUCACUGACUCAAAAAGGUGACCCUUCUACCUAAAUUUCUUGAAUUUUGUGGAAGGGGAAGAAGUUGCAAGUAACUACAUAUGGCAAGUGGAGCAGGUGGAGAGCAACAGUGUUGAUGCAGCCAAGUCCAAGGCAGCUUGAGCGGGUGUCUUAAUGCCAUGAUGGAGCACAGUCUGCCAUCCAAGACAGUUCAGUCCGUCAAAUGAUCGCUCUCUUUUACCUUGGGAUGCCACCGUAGAACACAAAGUACCUGGUGCACAACCAUGUGAAUAUUGAAGAAAACAUUCUGACCUGAUGUACCUUCUUUGGUCUUGGAGACUGUGGUUCUUCCUUCUGUUUGGUGUCUGGGUCAGAGGUGCAGACUAAACUCUUACCACCUAUGAUGAUCCUUGACGCGAAGGUUGAGUCAUUAUGGGCUUGCUUUUGGAGAUCCUUGUAAAAUCCAACAUGGUGCACGGUGAAAUUAUAAAUGCUCACCAGCAAGUACUCCCAAAAAACCUUAGAACUAAGGUGCCCAUGUUAUUUGAAUGACGAGGCUUACUGUCUGUUGCAUGAUUGUGCUGGACUCCAUUAGUGUGUAUCAGGAAUUUUCUGAUUGCAGCAAACAGGAAUGGUCUUAGAUACAACUCCAACGUCGAUGAAAAGCGCCUGUAAAGAUGGACUCUUAUGCACUGUGUGACAUUUAAUUGCCUAAAGCUGAAUUCAGGGUUCAUAUGACUGCUUAUGAUGAUGAUUUGAUACCGAAGGCUCCAGGGUAGCAUCUGUUGAGUGUUCCCGCAAAGGGCUGCAAAAAAAACAAACAAACAAGCCAACAGGGUGGGGGUUCGAUUCAGUUUACACUCAGGGGGUGGAAUUUUAGUUAGAAUCAAAAGCUGAAAAUUCAAACCAUGCUCCAAUAUGAGCAAUCAUUUUACUGAACUAAGUACAUCACUUGCUCUUUAGGAAUAACACAAAGCACAUUCUUAUUUAAGAAGUUAUCAAUUAACCUGCUAGAAUUUCUAACCAACCAAACAGAUUUUGAGUGAAGCACGUGUUUGAGGGCGUUUUUUGAAAUGUCGCCAGAGAUAUUUGAAAUGAGAGAAAACUAUUGUGUGACGUAUGUGCUGCCUAAUAUUUUGGACUGAAGCCCUCGAACGCGCUCUAAAUCUGAUUACUGGACUAAUAUAUCAAACUCUGGAUGCACUUCUGAAUCGGCUGUGUUUGAAAAUGAAUUUUGACCCGACCCUGGGUGAUGAGGGAAAGAGAAAAGAGCACAACCGCCAGCUUCUGCUCCUCUUCCCUCUGUCUCUCUAUUAGCUAUAACUAUAUACUAUUUCUCAAACUAGAAUAAUAAAUGUAUUAAGUAUAUUAUCGACCCGUUCACUUCAACAAAAGCACAUAAUGUCUGUAAAUGGUAAUCUUUGGGUUGUCUUUUCAUUCUGAGUGAUUGACUAUCAUCUCUAGGUUACAUGAGAUUGUAACUCCUGAGUAUUAAUAUCAUGUUGCUGGUGUUUCUAUGAUCGUAAUGGUUAUUGCAGGGUAUUUAUACGAGUCCUCUUUUUUUUCUUUUUUGUAACCUUUUUAUAUUCCUUUCGAUGACUUUUUCUUUUCUCUUGCUUAUGUACGGUACACUAAAGUCAGUGGUGUCACGUGGAAAGCAUGUGCACAAAAGUGAGAGGGUGAUAACGUGUAAAUUCAUUUUAUAUCAUCCUUAUUUUAUCGGCGUCGUUUUGUACGGGGAGAGUUGACUGAGCGUGCAUGCUCUAUUUCAGCAACGCCCUCACACACAGGUUGGAAGCUGGAACCGGGAGCUGCCCAGUACAAACCUCAGCAACUGACUGGUUUAUGAGCGGCUCCACUGGAACGGUUGGGGGUCAUGUGCCUUGCUCAAGGGCAAAAAGAAAGUCAGUGUUUAUCCUAUGAUUUCUUUCCUCUGUCUUGGUUGUUUUAGUCAUUGUAAAGAUACAAAUGGGCAACUAAUGUGUACUUUUGUGCUCUUUUUGGUGUCCUACUUUCUUUUUUACAAAUAUUUUUCUCAUUUUUUUAUGUUCUAUAUAUCUAUUCGGAAUUGCUCUUUAAUUUUGUACUUUCUAUAGUCUAGUCUAUAUUUUUGUUCUUUUUUCUCUCCUUUUUUUGUUUCUCUUCCAUCGUCAUUUUGACUUCAUUUCCUUGUAGGAAAUGCAUUGAUCUUUUCCUUUCUGAACAUUGCCAACGUAGCCUAAUAAUCAGUGUUUUUUAAUGUUCUGACUAGUGUAUAACUGUAGGCGAUAGAAUUUAUAUUAAUCUAUUUAUUUUGGUGGUGGUAUGUAUAGAUAUUCUUAAUGUUCUAUUGUUUCAGAGUUCUUACACCUGUAACUUUGGGCUAAAAAAGGCUUCACGCCUGCCUGUGACACACGGUCAGUAGCCUAAGUGCUGGAAAAGUGAGCUAAAUGUGGUCUGUGUUGGUGCCGUCAGUGGUUUUUUUUUUUACUCAGUAAACAAAGUGCGACAAGAUGCAUCUGCCUCAUGCUUCAGAAAAUGUGCGCAGCACUAAAUGAACACUGGCACGUGUCCUAAACGUUUAGCUUUUGUGAGAACAUGGUCAAAAGCAGACGUUCUGUUCUUUCGUUUUCAACUCAUGUCCCAAUGUGAAAGCCAUUUAAAAGCCAGCGUGAGUCACCAGGUUCUUUUCCCAACACUUGGGUUACUGACACAAGUCAAACCUGAAACUCUUCAAACAGAAAACUCAGCAGACUGAUACACAUAAGGGACAAUGAGGCAAAGGGGAAGCAAUACAAUACAAUAUACUGAUCCUCACUGGAAAAGACAAAAAACUGAAGGUAUAUAUACAUAUAUAAAUAUAUAGAUAUAUUCAAUAAAAUUCUCUGAAAAUUU